CUCCUGUCAGGAAGACGCGUUUCACUCUGUCCAGACAUGAUCUCUGGGUCAUUUUACGCCUUGUUAGCGGGCUGUUUAGCCGCUGCUAGCUCUCUGUGUGCUAAGCUAACAGUGGGAGCAGACUACCUGAAGGAGAUGUGUGAAGCUGGCCUCAAACAAGACGCAGACUACUGUGACUGGCUCCACAUCCCCCUGCGGCUGGCGUGCGGAGGUCUGCUGUUGACCUGCAAUACUGUCAUGUGGACCUUCUUCUCCAAGGCUCUCCGGCACUGCUCCUCUUCAGCCAGGGCCACGGUGACUACCACUGCAUCCAACUUCAUCUGCUCUGCUGUACUUGGGAGGGUAAUUUUUGGAGAGACCCAUGCACUUCUAUGGUGGGUGGGUAUCUCUGUCACUCUGUGUGGGCUGCUGGUGCUUCAUGGAUCCACAUCUCAGACCCUGCCACAGGAGGAGGAUAAAAAAGACAAGUAAUGCCGCUUUGGAUCAUUAUAAGUGUGCAGACACUGCUCUUCCUCUGGGGUUCUUCUCAGGUACUGAAAAGGAAGAAAGGUUGUUGAUAAAAGAAAGUGAAUCAGUGUCUUAAUAAGUGCAAUUGAAACAGUGGAUUGUGUUGCACGAACCUCUACCUGUUGAACAAUUUCCUCCUGAAUCCUUUGAGUAAUGAUGAGCUUUAUUAAUAUAGUACAGUCGGUGUUGCGCAAUAGCUUGGUGAAAUAAAACAAGUCUUUGAGUCAGUUAAUUAGACUAGAAGACUUGAUUUUUCACUUGGGAAUCAGGAGACAUCAACUUGAGGUCUUUGUUCUUGAUAUUCAUGAUAUGAAUAUUAUACUCUUUCCUCUUUCUUUCUUACCAACUUCACUUUAUUCAUUUUAUACUGCUCAAACACAAUAACCCAACAUAGUUUAUGGUCUGGCAAGUAAAACAGCACCUACUUUGCCAAAAUCACGCAG